CUGCUUGAUACGCCUUCCGUGGAGAAUAGCCAGUUGUCCAUGUUUACCGGCACUACACAGAAACCAAAUAUUGGCCAAGGUUCAACAAACCAGUUUAACGGAUGGUUUGUCACCACGGGCUAUGCGUUUACGCUUGGUCGCGAUAUUGCUGCCCUAGCGCAGAAACUGGAAAAGGUCCAAGCCAGCUGUUCGAGUGGAUAUCUGGCACUGACUACACGCGUUCAAUCCUUGGAAGAGUCCAUGAAAAACCAGCUGGCCAAUACAACAACACAAUUCAACCAAGCCUUGUCCGAUCGUGUUCAUUCCUUAGAACAGUCUAUAAAAAACGAGUUGACCAACACAACAACCCAGUCCAACUUGGCAUUGUCGGCUCGCGUGCAAUCGUUAGAGCAGUCCAUAAAAAAUGAGUUUACCACUGCAACAGCUCAAUUCUCUAACGACAUACAGAAUCUGCGACUGAUGCUAGUUAGCCGCCUCACUCCAUUGGCAUUCGGCGUGGACAUCGCCGCACAUGCUUCCAUGAAGUGCUCUCUGAAGAAACGCGAUCGACCACUUCCAGUGGAGACCAUGAAAAUAGACGAUUAUCUGUAUGCUGAGGAGCAAUUCUGCUCUACCGACAACGCAACAUGCCUGUACUUACAGAGCAACGGUAAUCUUGUUCUGUAUCAGACCAGUACGCUGCAAGUUAUUUGGACAACGAAUUCCGGCGGCGGUGACUGCCGCUCCUUCGUCAAGAUGCAAGGCGAUGGACGUGUUGGACUGUAUCAUUAUCCGUAUGGGGUGGCUGAAUGGGUGACACCUGUAUUCAGAGGUGCCGAGCUAACGUUUCAGAAAAAUGGACAUCUUUGUCUGAAGAUGCAGUCGAAGAUUGCAGAAGGGCAAGAUGGGAACUGCCUUUGGACUACGGAUCUCAUUGCUGCGCCAGUAUAGUUAAUUUAUUUAUUUAUUAAUUAUUUAUUAGUAUCUCUGUAUUUGCACUGUUUUAAAUCAGCUCUGAAGAACUGACUAAAUUUAAUGUGUACAGUAAAAUUAAAACGUCCAGGCGGCUGACAUCCGAUAUCACCAACGCAUAAGCCGAUCAGCAAAG